AUGGCGACUGACACUGUGCCUAUUCACACCGGCUCCAUCGUUUGCCUAGAGGUCCAGGACGGCACUACCGCACUGAAUUGGCACCGUUUCUUACAGAGUCUCACCGGCGUCCUCGGCUCCACCAUUAUUGGCGGUGUCAACCUCCACUCCGUUGUCUUUGCCGAACCGGAUGGCCUUGAGCCCAAGCCACCUCCCCUCCUUGGUCUUGAACCUCCUCCUCCACUACCCUAUCCUGUCGAAGCACCUCGCCCGCCCGAUCUCCCUCGCCUCGUUUCUAACACCACCACCAAUUCCUCGCGCCUCACCACCUACGCGAAGGAGGUAGCGACACACACACGACUGGUAGAUACCCACAAGGCAGCCCUUGCUGCUCACACCACGGCUGCAGCCCUUCAUGCGAAGUACACUGCUAUUGGCCUCAUCAACUCCUGCAUCCCGACCUUGCUGCAGAGCGAGCUUGACGCCACUUCCUCUGCAGUUCUCUGGCGCGCCCUCAAUGAUUUGUAUGACCGUCGGGACAUGGCAUCUCUUCAUGCCCUGUACCAUGACUUCAACGCUAUCUCCCUUGACAACUGCACCGGCGCAGCUGACUAUACCUGUCGCCUCAACAACACGGCUCGGCGUCUUCGGGAGCGUGGGGCCACUAUUGACGACCCCCUCCUCAUUUGGCGCAUCCUCGAGGGACUCACCCCGGCUUAUGAGAUGCACCGCAUUGCCUACGACAUUGUUCUCUCUCCCCACGCCACAGCUGCCGAAGUCACCACAUGGGUCCUUGAUACUGAAGCCAAGCUUACCUGCCAGUCCCCCUCCACCCUCAACUUCACACAGGGACGCGGAGGACGUGGGGGGCGUGGUGGCAAGGGUCGUGGUGGAGGGAGUGCCGGAGGCGGUGGUGGUCGAGGUGGAGGGGCUGGCAGUGGCACUACAGGUGGGACAUCGGGAGGUGAUGGGGGUGCUGGUCGUGGUGGACGCUCAGGGGGUUUCCCUCCUUGCUCCUAUGUCAUUCGACAAGGCCCCGACAAGGGCCAUCGCUGCAACCAAACCACCCAUCCUGCUAAAACCUGCUUCAAGGCGCGCACUGAACCACUGAGCUCCUUGGAGCCGAUCGAAUAG